CCUUACUGCAUCAUUAAAAACAUUAUAUGUAAUUCAACGCCCCCUGAGGUCCAGUGAACCUACUCGAGCUGGCUAAUUCAUCACUUUUUUCUUAAAAACAAAACGAUGCCUGUAAUGAGAAUACAACUCUUUUUACUUUCUUUUCUUUUCCUGUUUUCACCACCUUUUCCUGAUUCUACCUAUUACCACUUUUAUUGAUGGAGCACCGGCUAUCAUGUCUAUGGCUUAUGCUAGGGCUAUGGAUAAGUCAUGUUUACCAUUUUGUAGCCUGCCAACGGCCCAUGGUUACCGUCCUCCAACCUGUCAACCAUCAAAAGAUCUCUGAAAACCAAACACUUCAAAUCGAAUACAGCAUUGCAAGUUUCGAAGGAGGUAAGGUCCUAUAUCCCGUGAUAGCCUUACGUUUUCCACUCAUUGGCACAUAUGCCGCUUCUUUUAGCUCAGCCGAAUUAUCCUCAGUCAUUAGAUGUGGUUCUUCAAUAUUCGCAAGUGCAGAAUCAUAUCUCCAAUACGUAUCAGUUGGUAGCAAAAACGGAGCUUGCUACGGAACCUGAUAAGAAAGGCAAACAUGACCAAAAAUAUGCCACCAAAUGGAAGCUUCCAGACUGUCAAUUCUUUCAAGAACAUUCACCAGCCAGUUGGGAAUAUGCGCUUGUGUUCGUCCCAUACUAUGAACCACCUCCUCGUCGUAAAAAUAGAAAACAGCGCAAAGAUCCUCCCACUGAUAAAGGCCCACAACAGGAUCCUAUUGAAGUAAAGCUUGACUUUCAGUGGGCUCACGGCGCGCCCUCGUGUUAAAUUAAAAUUAUCAUUCACAGUAGCAUAGAAUGACAUGCCAAAAAGAAAAAGGCAGAUUGUAAUCACAACAAUCAAUUCUAUUGAAUUGUCUUCAUUGCAUGAUAUAAAAGGGAAGAGAAAUUACCAAAUUCAUUUACAUAAAAAAAAAAGAAAAGGUUGGGAAAAGGAGAAAUCUGACAAAUGAAGUAGCCCAAAAAUUAAAUGAUCCUCUCAAUGUGGUUUUCCCGGGUAGUUGAAUACUAUGCGACAAAAAAAAAAAAAAGGAAAUGCAUGUUGAAUACGAGACAAAGGAAAGAAGAAAACGUCCCCCAGAAAAAAACGAGUAUCCU